AUGGCUACUCACGAGAAUGUCGUCCAUGAGUCGGCAAGCAUCGAUGGUACAACCAGGGACACUUCGGAGUUCCGGGCACUCAUCGCGCAGGCACAAGCAAGUGCCGACUUCGAUUCCAAGUUGACCGUCAUGCAAGCGCUCAAGAAGCACAAGAAAGCCGUCUUCUGGGCCAUGAUUCUGUCCACUAGUUUGAUCAUGGAGGGUUAUGAUCUGGUCAUUAUCAAUUCGUUCUAUGGUCAACCACAGUUUCAGAAAAGGUUUGGUGAGCAGGUUGGCCCUGACAAGUAUGCCAUCUCGGCUUCCUGGCAAUCUGGACUGUCCAACUCGGCCGUCGUUGGCCAGUUGAUCGGUCUUGUCCUGAACUCGGAGUUCCAGGAUCGCUUUGGUUCUCGCAAGACCAUGAUGUUCUUCAUGGUGUGGUUGAUUGGCGCCAUCUUUAUCCCUUUCUUCGCUCCCUCUUUACCUGUUCUCGCCGUCGGAGAAGCUCUCUGUGGUAUCCCUUGGGGUGUCUUUCAGACUCUGUCGACCUCGUACGCGUCCGAAGUUGUACCUACCGUUCUUCGUCCUUACGUCACUGCCUACGUCUGCAUGUGCUGGGGAGCUGGUAUUCUUCUGUCGUCUGGUGUUGCCCGUGCCGCCAUUACCCUCAAAGGAGACAUCGCCUGGCGCCUUCCCUUCGCUCUACAAUGGACGUGGCCAGUACCUCUGUUUAUCCUGGCAUACCUCGCACCUGAAUCGCCAUGGAAUGCUGUCCGCCGUGGAAAGAACGACCUUGCCAGAAAGAGUUUGCAGCGCCUUAUCGACCAAGGCUCUGACCAUGACCACGAAGUCGAGUGCAGUCUGGCUUACAUCAUCUACACCAACGAACAGGAACAGCUCGAGACCGAGGGUGCCAGACUCAUUGACUGUUUCCGUGGCACAAACCUUCGUCGCACUGAGAUCAACUGUGUCGUCUGGGCCGCUCAGAUCCUGUGCGGUAACGCAAUCCUCGGCUACAGUGUUGUCUUCCUCGAAGCCGCUGGAUUCGACCCCAUCGCAGCACUCAACCUCAACAUCGGCCUUUCUGCUUGCUACAUUGUCGGCGGAAUCAUCUGCUGGUUCCUGUUCCCUCGCCUUGGCCGCGCAACAAUCUACAUGAGUGGUUUGACGUUUAUGUUCUUCUGUCUUGUGGCGAUUGGUGGUCUUGGCUUCAGUGCCAGCAAGCAUGCCGAAUUGGCCAUUGGUAUCCUUCUCAUCGUGUCUACCCUCGCCAACAUGAUUACUAUUGGACCAGUUUGCUACCCUAUUGUUGCUGAGACACCUUCCGGUCGUCUUCGCUACAAGACCAUCACCAUUGGAAGAUUUGUCUACAACUUGACUGGUAUCUUUUCCAACAGCGUGACCCCACGCAUGAUUUCUUCAAGUGUUGACUCGAAAUANGCAUGGAACUGGGGCGCCAAAGCCGGUCUCUUCUACGCCGGCACAAACCUGCUCUGCAACAUUUGGUGCUGGUUCCGCCUGCCAGAAACCAAAGAUCGCAGUUUCGGCGAGAUUGACAUGUUGUUCGAGCACAAGGUUCCCGCCAGAAAGUUCAGGACUACUGAAGCUGACCAAUUUGCUACCAAUCAGAUGAUUUUGGAUGUCAAGGAAAAGGAGAUGGCUAUGCAUGUGGAGAGAUUGUCGUGA